GCGACAGUCCGGAAGGAAGGAAGCAGGCAAGCGGCCGGCGGGGCUUCUGCGGUCGACAUGGGGGGCGGCGAUCUGAACUUGAAGAAAAGCUGGCAUCCACAAACCUUGCGUAAUGUGGAAAAAGUUUGGAAGGCGGAACAGAAACAUGAAGCUGAAAGGAAGAAAAUUGAAGAGCUGCAGCGGGAGUUGCACGAAGAGCGAGCACGAGAGGAAAUGCAGCGUUAUGCAGAGGACGUGGGUGCAGUCAAGAAAAAAGAUGAAAAGUUGGAAUGGAUGUACCAAGGACCAGGAGGCAUGGUGAACAGAGAUGAAUACCUUAUGGGCCGUCCAGUUGACAAGUAUGUCUUUGAGCCAAUGGAGGACAAGGAAUCAGGCUGCUCUUCUGAGACGGGCUUUCUGCCAGGCUCUAUCUUUGCUUCCACAGGGGCCAACUCUGCCUUGGAUAUGGCCAGCAAAGUUCGAGAAGAUCCACUUUUUAUGAUAAGGAAGCGGGAAGAAGAGAAGAAGCGGGAAGUUCUGAACAAUCCUGUAAAAAUGAAGAAGAUCAAAGAAUUGUUGCAAAGCAGUUUGGAGGAGAAGAAGAAGAAGAAGAAGAAAAAGAAGAAGAAGGAGGAGAAGAAAAAGAAGGAGAAAGAGAAGAAAAAGAAGCACCAAAAACACCGGCACCACAGUCCUAGCAGCAGUGAAAAUGAACAGAUUAAAGCCAAGUCAUGGGAGAAAAUGGACAGUUCUUUGGAGCCUCUUCAUCCUAAAAUGCCAGGAUAUGGCUUACAGGUUCGAGAUACUGGCCGUGAAAGGACUUUGUCCCACAAGCUCCAACAGAGGACUAAGUCAGAGAAUCGGUACCUAUUGCCAGAGAGCCAUUCUGGCAAGAAGAGCACAUAUAUGAUGGAGCUGAGCAGUCACAGGAGGUCAAGGUCACCUAGACACAAUAAACAGCACCACAGCAAGGAACAGAAGGCAAAAACAGGAGGUAGGAGCCCUUCCCCUAAGAAAGAAGACCACAGAAGGCAACAGACUUCAAGUAGAAAACUCUCGGCAGAAGAGCUGGAGAAAAGACGUCAAGAAAUGAUGGAGAAUGCUAAGUGGCGGGAAGAGGAAAGGAUGAACAAUGUGAACAGACAUAAAAAAGAAGAGGAACGGGAGCGAGCCCUGGAGAAACUUGGCCAUGGGAAGUUCAUACACCACAUAAAACUGGAGAGUGCAUCUACCUCCUCCCUUGAAGACAGGGUCAAGAGGAAUAUUCACUCUAUCCAAAGGACAGCCGCAGCCCUGGAAAAAAACUUCAUGCAGAGAUGAGAUUGUUUAGUCUUCCUUCACUAGACGACUGAGGACUUGGAUAUUUGGGGGGCUUUUUCCCUUUUGAUGGGAUGUGGGAAACAGGAGACUGACCAUGGAGGAAACCUUCACAGGCUGGACCAUCUUUCCUCUCCCUCUGUGAGAGGCCUGUGUUUGAACAUCAUGAGGGAGUUCACUGCGAUGCUUUGCUACAGUGUGGUUUGUUUGUUUUUUAAUUAGGAUAUUUGACAACAAGCACUGCUGUUUAUUUGAUGCUUCAUAAUUUCACAGCAGUGUGGAAGGGCUAUAAGAUUUAGGUGAGGGAUAUCCAGAUAGUUCACAUCCACAGUGAGCAUGGCAGGUAAGCAGCAGGGUGACAGAAGAGACUGUUUUACUUCUAAUGGUGUCAUAACCAUAUAAGGAGCAGGGCUACCAAAAAGCACUGUCUUUUCAUUGGCUGUUAGUUUUUGCUCCCUUUCAGGUUGUUAAACACUUGGACUUUUGUUAGGUGCAAACUAUAGUGAAGCCCAGAAAAAAAUGCUGGGGCUUACUAUUCUAUUUUGUUGUUUUGCCCCCUGCCCCCACCCAAGACUGGGCUGUUCCCUUCAGCCCAGUUAUGCCUUGAGGCUUUUAAACAAGACUUUGUGCCACACAGAUAAUAGGUGGGCAACCAUCUUAGGAAUGCAUUGAGAAGAAAGCAAGCUUAUUUUAACUUAUAUGUUAGAAGUUUAGUGAGUUUUUUUGGGAUGUCGUUUUAUGUUGAGAUAUAACCUCCAACAGCUGUUGCUGCUUGGACAUUAUCAGGUAGUAAUGAGUUACAGUGGAACAGUUAAAAGUCCUUGGAGUUCUACUGUGAAUGUAGAACUUUAUAAAUCUGUUCAAUUUUACAUGCUGAACUGUCUGAUAAUGAAAUGAAUUUCCUAACAUUAAAGAUGAAAAAACUUAAACAUAAUUGCAGCCUGGAGGAUUGUAGCUCUUACCCUUUACCCAACAGUGUAGGAUUGUCAACUUUUUCUCACUGACUCAGAAGGAGUCUAUUUAUAAAUCUAAUGUCCCUAUGAGUAAUAAAUUUGAAAUUUCAAGGACUGGAACUGAGGAACCUCCCUCUCUUCUGUCUAAAAUUGCAGACACUCCCGAGGUGUUAAGCUCUCCAUAUGAUCUGAGUGAUGUAGGAGGUGGUAAUCCUCCUCCUGCUCCUGCUCCUUGCUGUACAUUAAUCCUCCUUACUGAACAAGCCUCAUUAAUAGCUAGUACAGUUCAUCUCAUCUUGGCAAGAUCACGGUUAAACUAGGAGAGCUAACAACAUUGUUAAAUUCUUCUGGGAUUCCUCUGUAUAGUUCUGUGGUUCCAAAUAAGAAAGGGAGAAAACACAAUUCCAAAAGUACACAUCAAGGGAACAUUUAGACAUUUGUAAGUAGAGUAAUUUAAUACUACAACCUUUUAAAGGGGCUCUCACUGUUUUGUCCCAUAAAGGAAAUCAUACCUGUUUGGGGCUCAAAAAGGCAAGCAGUUCAACAUCUUAGCCACAUUUUCAAGGUAUCAAAGAGUAGAAUUGAUCUUAUGAAAAUUAAUAGAAUUCAAAGCACAAAUUAUACAUUUAGAACAGGAGCUUUGGAAUUACUAUGUUUUGUAAAGAUACAUCUUAACAUUGUGGCUUCAGUAAAUUUCUACUAAUUACCAGGAGAUGAUUUUUAACAUCUAAUUCCUGUUUUUCAUAGUACAAAUGUUUCCAUUUAAAUUGUGGAGAAAUACACAGAAACUACUUGAU